CAGCAAGAAAGAGGACAAAGACGCACAUAGCGGGACAGAAUGAGAGAGAGAGACAUUUUAGACUAAAAUCACGGAACGCGCAAACAGCGGUAAGCGCUUGGGAAAGCAAGACUCGAACUUUGAAACAACUAUGGCAAGAAAGAAGAGUUCCAAGAGGGUUGUGGACGAUAAGCGUGGUUAAGUGUGCGAGUUAACUUCGGACAGCCCCGAGGGGCAUUCAUUUUGGAGUCUAACAGACUCCACUGCUGGCCUGAAGGAGCGUAGAAGGCUGUUGCAAUUGAUCGGGAUGGCCGUUACUCCGUUACGAGUCUUUUCAUCAAAUGACAGUGAAUGCCAAACUUCAAGGUACUUAUUGUAAUUUUUCUGCACCGCUCAAUUUACAAUAUACUGGUAUGAGCCAAGUUUAAUGCUCCGCAAACUGCACUUCGGAGACGCUCAUUGUGUAAGUUGCUCUAAUGUUUUGCUGAUCUAAGUUCAUGUAAAAAUGAGAUGGUGGUGUAGCGCCCUGGCCCUACUCCCAUGGGUGCUCAUGGCAAUGGACGCCCAGUUUAUAUGCUGGCAGGCGCUGCUCCGGUGCCAUGAGGAGCCCGAAUGUGAGCUUGCAUACAGUCAGUACUUGGCGGCGUGUGAGGGCAACCUCCGAGGAACGAGGCAGCAGUGCCCGAGCCACUGUAUAAGUGCACUAAUCAGACUGAACCACACUCGCAACGGACCGGAUCUGGAAAGCUGCGACUGCGCCCAAGACGCGGAGUGCGUAAAAGCAAAAAGGGCCAUAGAGCCAUGCCUUCCCCGCAGACACCCUAGUGACGCCGGAGGUAUUGGAUGCAUGGAGGCCCGACAACGCUGCGAAGAGGACAGCAGCUGCCACACCUCCCUCACGGCCUACUUGUCAUACUGCGGCCAGCUGUUUAAUGGCAGGAAGUGCUCCUCCAAAUGUAAAGCCACCAUUCAGCAGAUGCUCUUCAUCCCAAAUGGCAUGCUGCUAAACCGCUGUGUUUGUGAUGGGGUGGAGAGGCCCUUCUGUGAAGUGGUUAAGGAGAACAUGAGCAAGCUCUGCUCUAUAGGAGAUCAGAGUGUAAUUUCAGAUCAGCCUGAUGUAGAGGACAUCUACGAGGACGAGGACUAUGAUCCUAAAAGUGACAGAGAAGAGGCGUAUCUGGACUACUCGUCUGCUGCACAUACACUGCCUAACUGUGUGACUCUACUAGUUCCAUAUUUAGUAUGGAUUUAUUAAAGACAGUUUCUGUUCUUCGACCCUGCUCAGUGCACUCUGGAUCUUGUAGGGAUUUGGCUCAGAACUCUAAGCAAAGCAUCAAAGCAUUUCUGCUGGAUACAGGACAUGAUUUUCUUCAGCCCUGGGCCUCUUUUCUAUUCAAGUAUCACUCUGUUGUGAGCACAGUGGCAAUUUAUUUAGGCAUUACACAGCCAUACCAAUUGUAUAGCAUUUUGUCUUGCACAUAAGUCUCAGGAAAAGUGUUGUAUUUUGUAUUACCCUGGUAGAACUAUGAAUACACUUUUCCCAAGCAAAGUAAAUUUGGUUGCCAACCUCAACCCACAGUAAGGGCAAAUGUACUGCCACUUUUGGUGUUUAUUUGGUUUGCUGUCAGCGGCCUGGUGCUUGGAGUUUGACUUUAUUAAGACCUUAGACAAACAUCGGACACAUCCAGGCUGUUUGCUUUGCUCUCCAUUUGGUGGGGCUGGGCAUUGUUGCAGCAACCACACUUCAAAUAUUUGUGGGAACAGUCAAAGGACAGGCGAGGGUGUGGGAUCAAGUACUUAAAUUAACUAAAGCGCCUCUCCAGCUCUCUGUCUGGGGCCCAUCCCCCUGCAAGAUUGUUUUAUUGAAGUUUUCCUGGACCCUCGUCCUCCUCCCUCCCGUGUGCCCCCUGCCCCUGUGCCUUUAAAACACCUCUGUUUUUAUUGCUGCUUUCACACCAAAGCAGCGGCCCAAAACAACUUGUUGGCUGCUGCUGGUGAGAACUAAAUAUUUCACAUGUAGCAUUUUUCUAAACAGAAAACAAGUAAUGGUUAACACAGUUUUUGAAUGGCCAAUGUUGUAUUAGAAGUUUACAAAGAACCAGUCUCUUUAAAACUCUGCCUACUCAAGAACUUUCUUGAAAAAAACAAAACAAAACAUGUGAACCAGGUUAUGACUAAAAGAGACCAGAUGUGCGGCAUUAGCUCCACUCACUUUUUCUCAAAACCCCAGAUUGCAUUACUCUUCAAUUGUUGAUGCCAUUUUUAUUGUGGCUGAAAAGAAAUGCUAUAUUUUGUAGGCAGGCUGCCAUUUGGUAGUUUAAAACCCUUUCAAUGCUGGACAUUAUUGAAUGUUAACUUAUGAAGCUACAAUAUGAAGAAUGUGUAAAUAUAUUUGAAGUUAUGCAGAAAUAAGCAUUUGUCUGACCACUGUACAUUGCUGCACUGUACAUUGUAAGGACAUAACAUCAUGAUUUUUGAAAUUUUUACAAAUUUGAAG